AUGCCUUACACUCCCCCUUCCCAGCGGUCGCCGGCCUCAUCCAAGACUAACAGUCCCACCCUGAGCCGGAACCACUCCUAUGUCGAUCAGGCUCCCCGCUCGCCAGCCACAUCGCAACGCCCCUCGCUGCCCCGCUCCGUCUCAUCAACCUCAUACCUGGCCAAGUCGCGUCGGUCGCCGUCAUCUGUCACCAACGACAACACCGCCGCAAACGGCCAACAAGGAACUGGAAGCGUAGACAUCAAGUCUGACGCUAGCCGCCAUGGACCUUCAACUAAUGGUAGCCUCCGUCCGUCUCCUCCUCCUGUGAACGAUCUUCUGAUUCCGUCAGGUGCGAUCACGACUCCUCCUGAUUCCUCGGACGAUGAAGAGCGCGGUCGUAGUAUCGGAGACCUACGUGAACUCCAACAGGCACUCCAGCACAUUGACCAGAAACGGAUACCUUCGCCUACUCGGGAAACAACGGAGAACGUAAAGCAGCCAAGGCCACAACCUCCUGUCACUCUGGCGCGCACACUAUCCGCAGAAGCACGCAAGAUUGCACACUCGCGGUCCUCUAGCGAGAUCAUGCUUUCACAACACAUGAUCCAUCCCAUCAGCACUGAAACAAUCAUCAGCUCAUCAGAUGGCAGCGAUGCCGAGGACGAGGAGCUGCGGAUAAAACCGCCGCUACUGCGCAAGAAGUCUGGCGAGCUUGUCAAACCUGCUCUUCGACCCCCGUCCCGCCGCCGCCCUUCAAGCAUGCCUGGUACCCCAACCUACUCCAAAGCAGUCCACUUCAAUGAGGACAUUGAGCAGGUUAGGCAUUUCCUCCAGGUUGACCGGCCCAUCGCUGUCAGUGCGGGCUCAUCCCCCGUUGAGACUUACGACAGUGAAAGCGAGUAUCCCUUUGGCGAAGACUCGCGCUCCAAGACACCUGAAUGGGAGAUCAAGCUGAUGAACUUCCCUACACAAGAGACAUAUGAGAGGCAAACAGCACCUGUUCGCGUGGAGCGAAUCUUCCUUGCCUCGGAUCACCAGACGCUGGUCGGCAACAUCGCAGUAGCUAACCUCUCCUUCCACAAAUUUGUUGUGGCUCGAUUCACAUUAGACUACUGGAAGACCACCUCGGAGGUGGUUGCUGAGUUCAACCAGGAUGUUCGCAAGAAGCAGAAGGAGGACGGUUACGACCGAUUCAACUUCAAUAUCAAGUUGGCUGACCAGGCAAACCUCGAAUCCAAGACUCUGCUACUGUGUGUUCGGUACCAGGUUAACGGCCAAGAGUACUGGGACAACAACAAGUCGAUGAACUACCAGGUUGACUUCUCAAAGAAGAUCAAACAUCGUGAGAGCAAGCGCCCGACUGCCAGUCUCGGCGCUGUUCCUCGUAGCCGACACUCACCUUUGGCUCCUCGCCCACGUUCCAUGCCUGCUGCUUCUUUCGACGACGACUUUGGUCACGACAACGAGACCAGGUUUCAGUUUGGUAGCGGCCGUGCCAUCAUUGCUGAAUCACCCAACUCGUCGAUCAAGCUCAAGCCUAGGAGCAAGCGUAGUAGCAUCUACACAGCCCAGACCUCAUCUCGUCCACAAGUCGCUCAGGCCUUUGCCUCUCGCUAUGACUUCGGUGCCUCCCUGUCGGCUGCUCUUUCCACUGCCCAGACGGCACUUGGUGACCGCAGCGGACUCAAGGUAAACACCCACGGCAAGAUGAACAACGGUUACUUCGACCGCCCGGCCCCCGCUGUCAAGGCGCCCGCUUCUACUGCCCCUAUCCCUGGUACUCGCCCCGACUCUCUGACGCUUGAGAAGCCCGAUCUUGAGUCUGCCGAGUACAACGAGUUGAUCCAGAAGUUCUGCUUUUUUGGCACACCGACUGGUAAAACUUCUCCUAACGUCACUACGCCUUCGACAAAGAACGCACAUGGCGACGGAGCCCAGGAUUACGUGCUCACCCACACUACUGGAAGCAAUCAGUCUUCGGCUACAAGCAGUCCUCCAUCGCCUGCCAUGCCCCUCAUGGUUGACGGCGCGAGUGACCUUGUCACCCCUCGAAGCUCAUCACCCUUUGUUUCUCAUCAACCCUCGUCUGGGCCUCUUACCGGCUACUCACCCGAGGAUCAAUACACCCCUCAAUAUCAGUACGGCUACAGUAUGCCAAGCGGCGUCUUCAUCGAGCGUAGCCAUACACCCCAGGCUUGCGUUUAA